GUGUGAGACAGUGGGAACCGGUUCCCCUGACGGCGGACCCGGGUCCCGCAGCCGGGCCGACUUCAUCGUCCAAUGGCCUCCGGAGCGGAGCGCCGCGCCUUCGCGCAGAAGAUCAAUCGGACUGUGGCCGCGGAGGUCCGCAAGCAGCUGUUCUCCCAGUAUGGUGGCUCAGCGCACCUGUCCAAGCCUCUCCCGGGUGGCGGGGCCCCUCAGACGAUCCCGCUCACGGAGGUGGUGGAGCCCGUGGACUUUGAGGACUACCUGAUGACGCACCCUCCGCCGGGGGACUCUGAUGCGCUGCGCGAACUGUUCGAGUUUCCCGGCGACGAUGUGGAGGUCACGUUCGUGCCGCGCGAGUGCCGCACGCUGCAGCCCUCCGUGCCUGAGGAUGCGGAGGUGGACCCACAGGUGCGAGACUGUGUACGAUCGUACACAGACAACUGGGCUAUCGUCAACCGAAAGUACCACAAGCACGGCACGGGCUUCAACCCCAACCAUGUGGAGCGGCAGAAGGAGCGGCAGAAGGGUCUGCCGAGGCAGGUGUUCGAGUCGGACGAAAGCCAGAGUGACCGCAGCAGCAUGCCGGAUGAACCGCAGGAGGACACACGACGGUGCUCAGUGUCAGCCAACUCGCUGGAGGACACUCCACGUGGGAGCUGGGCCUCCAGCAUCUUCGACCUGAAGAACUCGCAGCCGGACUCGCGCCUGCCUGGGCUGCUGGAGCGCACGCCGCUCGACCAGCUCGACCGCGGCAACGGCGAGCUGCGCAAGGCCUCCCGCCAGCGCGAACUCUUCGUGCUCUACCCAGCCGCGGACGAGGAUGAGAUCAUGGAGAGGAGGACAGUACCAGAGGUGCCCAAGGAACACUUUGGUCAGCGGCUGCUGGUCAAGUGUUUAUCGCUCAAGUUUGAGAUCGAGAUCGAGCCCGUGUUUGCGUCGCUGGCGCUGUACGACGUGAAAGAAAAGAAGAAGAUAUCGGAGAACUUCUACUUUGACCUCAAUACGGACCAGCUCAAGGCCAUGCUGCGCCCACACGUGCCCAACACGUCCAUCUCUUCGCUGGCGCGCUCUGCCAUCUUCUCCGUCACCUACCCGUCGCAGGACGUCUUCCUCGUCAUCAAGCUGGAGAAGGUCCUCCAGCAGGGAGACAUUGGGGAGUGCGCAGACCCUUACAUGGUGAUGAAGGAGGCGGACACGGCCAAGAACAAGGAGAAGUUGGAAAAGUUGCGCUCUGGCGCCGAGUUAUUCUGCCAGCGCCUGGGCAAGUACCGCAUGCCGUUUGCGUGGACGGCCAUCCACCUCAUGAACAUAGUGAACAGCGCCGGCAGCCUGGAGCGCGAUGCAGCUGACCCCGACAACCCCAUCCUCGAGCGCAAGCUCUCCAGCUGGGCCGAGCGGCGCAACUCCAACACGUCGGGCAAGCGGUCCCUGGAGCGCGUGGCGAGCGGCGGCGACGAGCCGUGCAGCCUCGCCAAUUUCCGCCCAGCCACCCUCACCGUCACCAACUUCUUCAAGCAGGAGGGAGACCGGCUGAGCGACGAAGACCUCUUCAAGUUCCUCGCUGACAUGAGGAGGCCGUCGUCCGUGCUGCGCCGCCUGCGGCCCAUCACAGCCCAGCUGAAGAUCGACAUCUCUCCAUCACCGGAGAACGCCCCGUACUGCCUGACUCCCGAGCUGCUGCAGGUGAAGCCGUACCCGGACAUCCGCGUGAGGCCCACACGCGAGAUCCUGGAGUUCCCGGCGCGGGAAGUCUACGACCCCUACACAACCUACAGGAACCUGCUGCACAUCUACCCACAGAGCCUCAACUUCGCCAACCGCCAGGGCUCGGCGCGGAACAUCGCCGUCAAAGUGCAGUUCAUGUCGGGGGAAGAUGUCAGCAAUGCUAUGCCGGUGAUCUUUGGGAAAUCAAGUUGCCCAGAGUUUCUGCGGGAGUCGUACACGUCCGUGGUCUACCAUAACAAGUCCCCAGAUUUCUACGAGGAGAUUAAGGUGAAGCUGCCGGCCCACCUUACCGACUACCACCACAUCCUCUUCACCUUCUUCCACAUCAGCUGUCAGCAGAAGCAGAACACCCCCCUGGAGACACCCGUGGGAUACACGUGGAUCCCCCUGCUGCAGAAUGGACGACUACGCACGGGCCAGUUCUGCCUGCCAGUCUCGCUGGAGAAGCCUCCCCCCAGCUACUCGGUCCUCUCGCCCGACGUACAGCUGCCUGGCAUGAAGUGGGUGGACGGCCACAAGGGCGUGUUCAACGUGGAGGUGGUGGCCACGUCCUCGGUUCAUACGCAGGAUCCCAACCUGGACAAGUUCUUUGCGCUGUGCCAUGCGCUAGACGAGCACCAGUUCCCUGUGCGUGUGGGCGACGUCCGCAUCACCGAGAGCAACCUGGAGGCGGAGUUGAAGGCGAGCGUGUGCAGCUUGAACGCUGCCACGCUGGAGCCUCUCGUCCGCUUCCUCCACCAGGUCCUGGACAAGCUCAUCCUCCUUGCCGUGCGUCCACCUGUCAUCGCCGGCCAGAUGGUGAACCUGGGUCAGGCCGGCUUCGAGGCAAUGGCCAACAUCGUCAACAGACUCCACCGCAGCCUGGAGUUCAACCACGACCAGCACGGCCGCAACAGCCUCCUCGCUUCCUAUAUCCUCUACGUCUUCCAGCUGCCCAGCACGGAGACCUGCUCUUCGGGUCCCAGCUCCCCGGUGGGCGGCUCGCUGCACUACGCCACAGUGGCGCGCUCAGGCGUACGCCCCGCAAGCCUCAACCUGUCCCACACACGCAGCAUCAGCAACAGCAACCCCGACCUGGCUGGUACACCUACUCCAUCCCCGGACGACGAAGUCAGGGCACUCACCGCCAACAGGGCUCCGGAGCGUGGCGGUAACCGCAUGUCUUCCUAUGCGGAAACCUCCACUUUCUUACAGGCCCUAUCGGGACGUGUGCCCACAAAAAAGCUGUUCCACGAGGAACUGGCCAUCCAGUGGGUGGUGAGCAGUGGCAACGCUCGCGAGACCGCUCUCCAGCAGGCCUGGUUCUUCUUCGAGCUGAUGGUCAAGAGCAUGAGCCUGUACCUGUACUACGCCGACAAGCUCGACGCGCCGCGCAAGAACCGCUUCCCCGAGCAGUUCAUGGACGACGUGUCUGCCCUCGUCAUCAUGAUCACGGGCGACAUCGUCAGCCGCUUCCAGAAGGACAUCGAGCUGAUCGAGAGGCUGAACGUGAGCCUGGCCUUCUUCCUCAACGACCUCUUCUCCAUCAUGGACCGCGGCUUUGUCUUCAACCUCAUCAAGACCUACUUUAAGCAGGUCUCGUCAAAGAUCAACUCGCUGCCCACCCCCAACGUGCUGAUCUCGCUGAAGCUGGAGUUCCUGCGGAUCAUCUGCAGCCACGAGCACUACGUGACCCUCAACCUGCCGUGCAGCUCGCUCUCCCCGCCCUCCUCGCCCUCCCCCUCCGUCUCCUCCGCCACCUCCCAGAGUUCGGGCUUCUCCAGCGUGCAUGACCGCCGCAUCGCCAACAUGUUCGAGCUGUCCCCCGAGUUCCGCCAGCAACACUUCCUGGCCGGCCUGCUGCUCUCAGAACUGGCCAUCAUUCUCGACCCUGAUGUGGAGAGCCUGUCCACGCUGCACAAGAAAGCCAUCAACACUGUGCACAACCUGCUGUCGUGCCACGACGCGGACUCGCGAUUCUCGCACCCCGACGUCAAGGCGCACGUCGCCAUGCUGUACCUGCCGCUCAUCGGCAUCGUCAUGGAGACGCUCCCACAGCUCUACGACUUCACGGAGAACCACUCGCAGCGACCGCGGGCGGGCGGCGCGUCUGAAGAGGGCGAGCAGGACCCGGGCGGCACCAUCAGCCAGUCGGUCGCCAUGGCGAUAGCCGGCAGCCCCGUGCCACACUACACACGAGCCGGCUCACUGCACCUGCCCGCCGCGUCGGGACGGCAGUGCACGCCGCUGACGGCGGAGUCGAGCCGCAGCCUGCUGCUGUGCCUGUUCUGGGUGCUCAAGAGCGCCGACGAGGAGGCGCUGCACAAGUGGUUUGCCGAGCUCUCCGUGCCGCAGCUCAACCGCCUGCUGGACCUGCUCUACCUGGGCGUGUCCUGCUUUGAGUACAAGGGCAAGAGGAACUUUGAACGUCUGAACAGCGUGGUUUAUAAGAAGUCCCAAGACAUGAAGGCGCGGCUGGAGGAAGCCAUCCUAGGGAACAUCGGGGCACGGCAGGAGAUGGUCCGGCGCAGCCGUGGUCAGCUCGGUAGGGCCCAGGGCUCGCCCUCCCUCCAGCGGUUUCUGCGCAAAUGGGACGGGCCUGGCCGCGACCCCACGCCAGAAAACUUGCCCAACACGCGCCUUACAGUCUCGGCGUCGUUAGAAUGCCGCGAGCGCAGCUCCUCGGGGGGCCUGUUCGGCAGCCAGGAGAACCUGCGGUGGAGGAAGGACAUGACGCACUGGCGGCAGACGAGCGAGAAAACGGACAAGAGUCAGAAAAACAUCAGAACCAAGGCGGAGCUGGAGCACGAGUCCCUGGUGGAUGGGAACCUCUCGACGGAGACCAAUAUGGUGGUGCUGGACUCGCUGGAGAUCGUCGUGCAGACGGUGUCGCUGUCGGAGACGAAGGACAGCGUGCUGGGCGGCGUGCUCAAGGUUCUGCUGCACUCCAUGGCCUGCAACCAGAGCUCAUCCUACUUGCAGCACUGCUUCGCUACGCAGAGGGCACUGGUUUCGCGGUUCCCGGAGCUGCUGUUUGAGGAGGAGACGGAGCAGUGCGCCGACUUGUGCCUGCGGCUGCUGCGCCACUGCAGCAGCAGCAUUAACAACACGCGCUCGCAUGCCAGCGCCUCGCUCUACCUGCUCAUGCGCCAGAACUUCGAGAUCGGAAACAACUUCGCCCGGGUAAAGAUGCAGGUGACCAUGUCGCUGUCCUCGCUCGUCGGGACGUCGCAGAACUUCAACGAGGAGUUCCUCCGCCGCUCGCUCAAGACCAUCCUCACCUACGCCGAGGAGGACUUCGAGCUGCAAAGCACCACGUUCCCCGAACAGGUGCAAGACCUGGUGUUCAACUUGCACAUGAUACUCUCUGACACCGUCAAGAUGAAGGAGCACCAGGAAGACCCGGAGAUGCUACUCGACCUCAUGUACAGGAUCGCCAAGGGCUACCAAACGUCGCCGGACCUACGGCUCACAUGGCUGCAGAACAUGGCCGGCAAACAUUCGGAGCGGGGCCAGCACGCGGAGGCGGCCCACUGCCUCGUGCACUCGGCCGCCCUCGUCUCCGAGUACCUCUCCAUGCUCGAGGACAGGAAGUACCUGCCCAUCGGCUGCGUCAGCUUCCAGAACAUUUCUUCAAACGUCCUGGAGGAGUCGGCCGUGUCGGAUGACGUGCUGUCGCCCGACGAGGAGGGGAUCUGCACGGGGAAGUACUUCACCGAGUCCGGCCUCGUCGGCUUGCUGGAGCAGGCGGCAGCCUCCUUCUCCAUGGCUGGCAUGUACGAGGCCGUGAACGAGGUUUACAAGAUCCUAAUCCCCGUUCACGAGGCGCACCGCGACGCCAAGAAGCUGGCUACGAUCCACGGCAAGCUGCAGGACGCCUUCAGCAAGAUUGUCCACCAGAGCACCGGCUGGGAGGGCGGAAAGCGUAUGUUCGGGACGUACUUCCGCGUCGGUUUCUACGGCUCCAAAUUUGGAGAUCUCGACGAGCAGGAGUUCGUGUACAAGGAGCCGGCCAUCACCAAGCUGGCAGAAAUCUCCCACCGCCUCGAGGGGUUUUACUCUGAACGGUUUGGAGAAGAAAACAUGGAGGUGAUUAAAGACUCCAAUCCGGUGGACCGGAACAAGCUUGAUCCCAACAAGGCCUACAUCCAGAUCACGUACGUAGAGCCGUACUUCGACAUGUACGAGCUGAAGGACCGCAUCACGUACUUCGACAAGAACUACAACCUACGGCGAUUUCUGUUCGCUACGCCCUUCACGCUGGACGGGCGUGCGCACGGCGAUCUGCACGAGCAGUACAAGCGCAAGACGGUGCUCACCACCUCGCACGCCUUCCCCUACAUCAAGACGCGCAUUAACGUGGGACACAAGGAGGAAAUCAUCCUGACACCCAUGGAGGUGGCCAUCGAGGACAUGCAGAAGAAGACGCAGGAGCUGGCGUUUGCGACGCACCAGGAGCCGCCCGACCACAAGAUGUUGCAGAUGGUUCUGCAGGGUUCCGUGGGUACCACCGUGAACCAGGGCCCCCUGGAGGUGGCUCAAGUGUUUCUCGCCGAAAUUCCCGACGAUCCCAAGCUCUACCGCCACCACAACAAGCUUAGGCUCUGCUUCAAGGACUUCACCAAGAGAUGCGCAGAUGCGCUGCGUAAGAACAAGGUGCUCAUUGGGCCCGACCAGAAGGAGUACCAGCGAGAAUUGGAGCGAAACUACCACCGGCUGACGGAAGCGCUGCAGCCCAUGAUUAGCCAGAAGAUCGCGCAACUCUACAAGCCACUCACGCCCACGCUGAGCAGGGAGUCCAUCAACCGCUCAAGCCUGCGGAGGGUGGAGGCGUGACAACCCAGCUCGCCGGCCGGCAAAACUGCCAGCCCAAUACACGUGCACACGUGCACAUACACAUUCACCCACCCACCCAUACACAAGUACCAUAGCUUCUGCCCGCACACUGAACAAUCCCUCCUCACACCAACACACACACACAUAUACUUCCACACACAAAAAUCGUCCACACACGAAUUAGACCACACACAAUCCUACUCGCAUGCCACCUCAUCACAUGCCAACCUACGCACACGCGAACCCAUCCACACACUCGGCCACCUGCACAUCCACCCAUUCGCUCAUUCGGUUGAGUAAGUUUUAUAGAUGUGCCAGGUUGUGAGCGUUAAUGCUCGUCACACUCAAACGCACGCAUCUGGGGUAAUCCGAGCCCUGCAUUGACGACUGUGAUGAUGUGACACGACUGCAUACCGAGUCACCAUGAGCCAAACCCCGUUGUAAUCGAGACCUCGGGCACACCGAUUGAAGAGCGUUGCGCUCUUAUGGGCUGGCAAGUUCAGCGGAGGCCAUUGAGGGAGCGAGCAGCGUGCACUCGCACGUCCUCACGAUUUCGUCACAAGCUUGGAAUCGCAUUGGUCGUUUUUCAAACCAAACUGUUUUACCACAGUCUUGUUUACUCUGCGACUUUACACUCUCGAUUAAUUUUGCACCUACGUUUUGUUUUAUCUUAUUUUUUAAACAGUGUUAGUUAAAACAAUUUAGCAUUUGUGGCAGAACACUAAUUUACAUGACUGCCUUAUAGUAGGCCACCUAAUUAUUGUAUGCACAUGAAUAUUAUAUUUCCUUAUUGCUUAAAUCACUUUUAAGUACCGUGUUUAGUCGAUUAACCUUUUUUAAACUUUAUUUAAGACCUGGAAUUUCCUGCAUGAACUGUAACUUUGUAACACUUGACGGAGAUUGCGAUGCAGCCGUAACACACGUGGACAGAGGCGAGCAGUGUUAUUUGAUUUCUAAAUUAUUAUUUUUUUAUUCGAGUUAAAAUUAUUUUAAAUGUCAUUUUAUUCGCUUGUUCUUAAUGACGGUUAACACGAUAGAUUUUGUUUUCCACUUGGGGCAUAGGUUCACGUGAAAUAACACUUGGCAAAUCGGCCGAGAAACACCGUGCGACCAAAGUGAGAGCUAACGGUUCCAAAAAGUAAAAGCACUCGUGCAAAGCUUUAUUUAUUUGCUACCAAUACACGCCAAGGUGUGCAGGAGGAAAUACUCGAUUGGAAAUUUGUGGGGGAAAUAGCGGUUACAUUAUAGAGCCUCGCACGCCGGUCACCUUCCGUGUGACCUUCAAAAUAGUUUUCAAAGGUGCGUCCGUGUGCCAGCUACAAGAAGUAAAUAGUGAUUAAACAGCGUUGGAUCGUUUUUACCGUCAUGUUUAAGAGACAUUAUGGGAGCGCGAUGUAGGUGGCAGGGCAAGUUGUGGGGGCUGUUGGGGGAUUGCCGACGAUUGGUUCCCUGUGGAAACAGGAGGUGUGAUGAUGGCGGUGGGCAUUGAGGGGACCUGGGUGAGACGGGGAAUGGCAUUUGAGAAUCGAUCUUGAAGAGACUUGGAUAAGUGACAGAGCUUAGGAAUUGAGUUAAAGUUGGAACAGUUGACGGAUUUUUAGUAAGUAAAUCCACAAACUAUUAAAUUAUAACUUGGAGCGUGGAGAAAGAGAUUUGUCCAUCUGGAAUAGACGCAUGCAGGGCUAUGAAGUGUCUUAGGCAUGUGUUGAGAGCCACUGUGUAAGUUAGAAAGGGAGUUUCUAAUUAGUCUUUCUCUUACUAUAGAACCCAACGUGAAGAGCUGCUUCAGUAAUUUUGCUGUAUGAGAAUGUGCUACAUGCAAAUAAUCGAUGUAUUAGCAUGCCAGUACUGUAUACUUUCUUUGAAAAUGAUUUUUUUUUAAAUUAAACAUUCGAAUGUUUGUAUAUUUAAAUUUGAUGCCAGGUGGUAUAGUUUUAAUUCAGGCUGCACACCUCUACAGGCGCCCGGCUCCAGCGAUGCGUGCCAACACUAGCGUGCGCCCAGCAGGAAACACUAAGGGUCGUGUUUGAAUCGGAAAUGUCAAGUGCUGGUUGUUAUUAAAAAAUAAUAUUGUUUAAA